ACCCAUCUGCAUCCAUCUGCUUACCCACACAUUUACGCUUUUUGAUACUCUGUUACCAACCUCCAACACACCCACCAUGGCUUCCCUCCAACGCAUCGCGGUCCAGCGCAGCCCUGUAUACAAGCCCAGCGGCACCAAGUCCUACCUCCACGCCAUGAGAAAGUAUGGCUUCCACCCCACCAAGCCCGGUCCAUACCUCCAGGCCAAGCACACUGCUUCUACCACGGGUGGCAGCGGAACCGACACUAAUAAACCUACAACUGGAGGUACCACACCGGCUGCCGGCGACGAUGUUGUGGGCGAGGUCCCUGCCGAGGACGUCCAGAACGAUUCUCUCUAUCUGUGCGAGGUCGGCGUCGGCACCCCUGAGCAAAAACUAUACCUAGACUUUGACACGGGAUCCUCCGAUCUCUGGGUCUGGUCCACGGAGCUGCCACAAAACGUCCUCAGUCAGGCAAACACCCAGAACCAGCAGGUCGCCUUCGAUCCUACCAAAUCGAGCACUUUUAAACGACUCGAAGGCUCCACCUGGAAGAUCUCGUACGGCGAUUCAUCGUCGGCGAGCGGUGACGUUGGCACCGAUGUGCUGGACUUGGGAGGUAUCAAGAUCCAAAACCAGGCUAUCGAGCUUGCGAAGCAGCUCUCGCAGCAGUUUGCCCAGGGCAACGGGAGUGGCCUGCUAGGUCUUGCGUUUGACACCAUCAACACCGUCUCGCCCACCCCGCAAAAGACUCCUGUCGAUAACAUCAUCGCCCAGAACCCAGGCAAGCCGCAGCUCUUUACGGCCUAUCUUGGCAGCUGGCGUGACGCUAAUGAGGCUGACAAGGGCGAGAGCUUCUACACUUUUGGCUACAUCGAACCCGAUGUGCUAAACGCCCUGGGCUCCAACCCCAACUAUACUCCUGUCGAUUCCUCGCAGGGCUUUUGGCAGAUUGAGUCGACCAGUGCCACCAUCAACGGUCAGACUAUCAACCGGAGUGGUAACACCUCUAUCAUGGAUACCGGGACUACCCUCUGCCUCGUCGACGACUCGCUCGUCGAAGCAGUCUACAAAGCCAUCCCCGGCUCCAAGUACGACGAAUCAAACCAGGGCUACUUGUUCCCUGCAAACACCUCGGUUGAUCAGUUGCCGCAGGUGACGUUGGCCAUUGGCAACCAGCAAGUGGAGUUCCAGAAGGAGGAUCUGGGCUUUGCCGACGCCGGCAAUGGCAUGGUGUAUGGUAGUAUUCAGAGCAGGGGUAGCAUGAAUAUGGAUAUUUACGGCGAUGCCGUGCUCAAAGCCAUAUACGCCAUUUUCGAUAUGAACAAUGGACAGCCCAGGUUUGGUUGGCUGCAGAGGAAAGAGAGCAACCAGAACACGGGCGUACCUAGUUAAACUGAUAAACGGGUAUAGGGCACCUAGCGAAGUUUGGAGUAGAGCUUAGGACUAUAAAGUACUAGAGUUAUUACUAGAACACCGAACAGGCUUCUAGUCUGAAGAGUGACCCACCUAAAUGUCCAAACAAUUCUUACCGGUCCGACUUC